AUGAUUUUGCAUAACUUCAAAAUAUUUUGUUAUUAUAAACUAUCAAGUAUCCUUUAUAAGCACUGCCACAUUCAAACAUUUGUCUCAUUGGCAGAUCCGGUGCUGGAAAAGAAGGAAAGCCUUGGGGAAAUUUUAAAUGGCGACCGCCUGGCAAAUGCUUUGCAUAAUUUGGAAUUUGCAGUUAACAAAACACAAGCCGUUCUUUGCCAACGGACGCUUAACAAGGGCAAUGUUUCAAGAUUCAGAGAAUCCAUAAAGAAUGGUUUUUACUACCAGAUGUACUUUGAUGAUCUUCCGCUGUGGGCAUAUAUCGGCAAAGUUGAACACGGAAGCUUGGCCAUUGAUGGUCAUGGGCCAAAAUAUUUCCUCUUUACACAUGUUCAAUUUGAUGCUCUUUAUAAUGGUAACCAAGUCAUAGAAGUCCAUGCCCUCGGCCACCCGAGCCAUGCGGUGGAUGUAACUGCAGAUGUUGAUCUCGAAAUCAAGUUUACUUAUUCUGUAUCUUGGAAAGGAACCUCUGCACCAUACAAGGACAGAAUGGAUAGAUACUGGGGGGCGUCUUUACUUCCCGUAAUCCGCCAAACGCAUUUGUUCUCUUUUGUAAAUUUCUUCAUUAUGCUUAUCCUGCUUCUCGGACUGCUGGCCGUGAUUUUCAUGCGGCACCUCAAAAAUGAUUUGAGAAAAUGGUCAAUUGGUGAUGAUGAUGAGGAGAAAGAAGUUGGUUGGAAAUAUAUUCACGGGGAUGUGUUCCGAUGCCCGACAAACUUGCCAUAUUUUUCUGCACUUUUUGGCUGUGGUACUCAGGUUAUGACCAUGGUUUCUUUCUUAUUUGCUUUGGCAUUUCUUGGAGUCUUCUACCCCUACAGCAGUGGUGCUCUCUCAAUUUCUAUAUUCAUAUCCUACAUUAUUACGUCAGCUGUUGCAGGCUAUAGCUCGGCAUCAGUUUGCAGUCAGCAUUUUGAAACUGGAUGGGAAAAGAGUGUUCUUCUAGCCGGGACACUUUUUCUAGGUCCUUAUCUCUUCACCGUAUUCAUCCUAAACAUACUUUCUACAUAUCAUGGGGUGACUGCCACACUUCCUCUGGGAACAAUAUUCUUUAUUUUUCUUAUAUUUGUACUUGUUUCAAUUCCAUUGCUCAUCCUUGGUGGAUUUCUUGGACAUCGUUACAAAUCUGAUCCCCUGUCGUCUCCUGUUACGAGAAAAUGUCCGAGGGAGAUUCCAGUUUUGGCUUGGUAUAGGAAAACUCCAGCUCAAAUGUUUAUCGCCGGUCUUUUGCCUUUCAGUGUCAUUGUCCUGGAGUUCCAUAAUCUGUGUGCUACCUUGUGGGGCUAUAAAAUCUACACUUCCCCUGGAAUAUUGUUUAUUACGUUCGUUAUGCUUGUUGUUCUCACUGCCCUGUUUAGCGUUGGCUUGACGUACUUUCAACUGACUGUGGAGGAUCACGAGUGGUGGUGGAGGUCCAUGUUACGUGGAGGCUCGACAGCAAUAUUUAUGUUUUGCCACUGCAUUUACUUUUAUGCCAAGUCGAACAUGAGUGGCAUCCUGCAGACGUCCUUCUUUUUCGGCUACAGCUUUUGCCUGUGCUAUGCUUUCUUCUUGAUGCUUGGAGCUGUAAGCUUUCAGGCUUCGUUUCUAUUCGUUCGUCGCAUAUACCAUACUGUUAAGAGUGAGUGA